UCACCCAAUCAGACUUGACAGAAAGAAUCCAUCGGGAGUAAAUAAAUAGGCGGCUUGCAAGAUUCUGCUCAUUCUGCUCUUCGUUGUUGUAGUCCUUUGUCGAUUUCGCCGUACGAUGUCUGAGCGUGGAAAGCAGGGCGGCAAAGCCAAGGGCAAGGCGAAGUCUCGCUCGUCCAGGGCGGGCUUGCAGUUCCCUGUGGGUCGAGUGCACCGCCUGCUUCGCAAAGGGCACUACGCGAAGCGCGUGGGAGCCGGAGCCCCUGUCUACACGGCGGCGGUGCUGCAAUACCUGACCGCCGAGAUCCUGGAGCUGGCCGGCAACGCGGCGCGGGACAACAUGAAGGCGCGCAUCAUCCCUCGGCACUUGCAGCUGGCCAUCCGCAACGACCAGGAGCUGAACAAGCUGCUGGCCAAAGGCACCGUCCCCCAGGGCGGCGUCCUGCCCAAGAUCACAAAGUGAAGGCCCAGUAAAAAUCAGACCGCGGCGUCAGGACUUCACAAAGGCUCUUUUCAGAGCCGUCCACCCUGUCAUAAGGGAGCUGAGCUUAUAUUGCUGAAAGUUUCAAACUGCAUUUCUGAAAACACUAUAUUGUGAAUUUAUAAGCACUGCACUCGCUGCUUUCAUCUUAAAAGCCUGCACGCCCCCCAAACAAAAUUCUGGCUAAGCCCAUGCGCUCGGUCUGCC